GGGGCCGCCGCUGGCUCCUCCCCCCGGCGCGGGCACGUCGGCGCGCGGGGCGGGUGUGACGCAGUUGCCCAUGGUAACCCCGGGCCGCGCCGAGGAUGGGUUUACUGUCAAUCCUGCGCAAACUAAAAAGCACCCCAGACCAGGAGGUGAGAAUCCUCCUCUUGGGACUGGAUAAUGCAGGCAAGACCACACUCCUGAAACAGCUGGCAUCAGAGGACAUCAGCCACAUCACACCAACACAGGGCUUCAACAUCAAAAGUGUACAGUCUCAAGGCUUCAAGCUGAACGUAUGGGACAUAGGCGGACAGAGGAAGAUCAGACCAUACUGGAGGAACUAUUUUGAAAACACUGAUAUCCUUAUCUAUGUCAUUGACAGUGCAGAUAGGAAGAGGUUUGAAGAAACGGGUCAGGAGCUGGCUGAGCUUUUGGAUGAAGAAAAGCUUAGUGGAGUCCCCGUGCUCAUAUUCGCUAACAAGCAGGAUUUGCUGACGGCUGCCCCUGCUUCGGAGAUUGCUGAAGGACUGAACCUCCACACAAUCCGGGACAGAGUCUGGCAGAUCCAGUCUUGUUCAGCCCUUUCAGGAGAGGGAGUACAGGACGGCAUGAACUGGGUGUGCAAAAAUGUCAGUGCUAAGAAGAAGUAAAGCGUUCUGAGCUGCAUGGAAAUGGAGGAGCGGUGGGAGCAGAAUUCUAGCCUGAAAACACUAAUUUGCUGCUUUCUGACCAAAUGUUUUUCCAUCUGUGCACAGCUACAGCUGUUUAAAAUAAAAAAAAAAAGAGAGAGAAAAAAGGGAACAACAUCGGCUUAAACCUACUGCUGGAUUUGGAACUUGACCUGCUCUUUAGUAUAAUUUUUUUAAUCCCAAUAAAGGAAUUACGUAUUUCCUCCCUAUGCAUAAAUAGUAUUAAAUGUCUGAUUAGCAAGCAAGUUUGUAAGCAGAAGCAAGACUGAUUCGAUGUGGAGCAGAGGGAGUGGUGAGUUACUGUAGUGGCUUAGAUGCAUAGGAGUGCCCUAUACGUGGAGUUGCUGAGGACACGCUCGGGUGUCAGUCACAGCUUCCCCUCAGUGACAGAUAAAAUGCAGUUGUGUUACCAGUUGUGGGUAGUUUCUUAAAAUAAAGCUGCUAAGGAGUCAUUUGUGUAACAAGGGUAGAAGACUUCCACAUAUUCCUAUAGCCAUAAAAGAGGAGUUUGAUGAUAAGGAGGCACUGUUGCAUUGCGACACCGCUGUACAAGGGAGAGGAGGGUUAUAUGUGUGUAAUUGAAGCUCUUUACAGUUGGAAUAAUGCAGAAUGAGCGUGCCUAGGGCUUUUCUCGCAGCUGAAGGAGAAUUUAGCCCAGCAUUUCACCUUGAGCCAGCAAAAACGUUGUUCCUCCGUUCAAUAAGUUCCAUAUGUGAGAUUAGUCUUGAUGUUGAACAAUCCCUGUUGAUUUUCCCUUGAUGUUAAGGCAACUCUGCAGGAAAAUGCAAUUAAGUCCAUGAUUACUUUCUAGAAUGAGAUAUCAGGUCCCAGGUUUCCUUCUUUGAAAUGUGCAAAAUGUAUCAUCACCCCACCACCUCAGCAUGACUUGCCUGGCGCUUCCAGGGACUUGGGGGACUGCCCCACAGCGGGCUGGCUGUCCAGGGCCUGAGGUCCCCCCAACCUGGUGCCAGCUGUGGAUUGCCCUGGUGGAGGGUGAGGAUCCUGGUGAACAGCAGAUGGGAAGUGCCUUUUAAAACGAGCAUUCAUUCUUCCCUGAGCUGGCUUCCCUCUAAAAGGACGCAGUUGCUGAAACAGGAAAGAGAGUGUGGUUUCCACCUCCUCGUCCCCAGUUCAAAUCUAGCCCCGGACUGACAGGGAGCGGGAGCGAUUAGCACGCCAAAGCAGCCAUGUCCUGCAUGAAGCGAGCUUGGUGACUCCUGGGCCAGUUUCUAAUGCACAGAUGGUAAAAUAAUCCCACUGCCCUGCUUGCCAGCUUUGUUUGCUGCCUGCCUGCGAAAGGCCAGAGAAUGACUGGGGACUGCAUUACCCCUUCCACCUCCUGGAGAUGGACGGUCACGCAGGAUGGGGAAAGCUGCAUGUACUAAAGCAUGUGGCUUUACCACGCGUCAGCGAGUUGACUCAUGGACCCAGGCAGACGGCUGACACCCCUGGAGCUCCCAGCUCUUUUUUCCUCUCUUCCCCUGGACAUCUCCACCUCACGGCACAAACAUCUGCACUGUACGUGAAGCAGCCCCUGGCCGCCUACGUGUUACAGCUUGGCGUACUAAAAUCAUCUGGGGCUCGUUCCAGGUCCCCCCAUACAUCAGGAUGUACAGUAGCAGUUCAGGGCUGGUCUGUGUGUAGUUCAGCUGUCUUUGCUGUGGCUGGGGGCACUGGGACAGCUGGGACAGCAACUGCUUUAGCAAUCCAACUUUAAUCUGCCUGCGUCCGUGAGUCAGCACCCUCCGAGUGCAUCUUGUCUCCAGCAGGGAGGCAGGACAUGCAUGCCGGAGUAGCACAGCCUUGCUUUAAAAACCAGACGACUGGGGAGCGGGGUGGGGGGGAAGAGCGGGCUCAAGUGAGCUGUUAAGCAAUCGCUAAUGACACAAAGUGACACAGCUCCGGCUUUGCAUGGAUUGAGUAAGGAGUCAUAAGAUGAGAUGUUCAUUUAAAUGCAGCUUGCUCGGUGACUCCCCGGCUGCGCAGGCUUAUCGGGAACGCUGCAGAUUUGAGCAUGGCAUGUUCCUGGGUCAGUCCAAGGAGGAGAAAUUCAUCUCAGCAUCAACUUUUCCUUGCAAAUAAUGCAUUUGCCUGAUGCAAGCAAUGUAAAGAAUUGCAACCCUUUCCUGUGGGCAGGCUUGUGCUGGCUGAGUGGCAGAGCUUUGUGGCAGAUACUCCCUGGGCUUUGGAUUUGCCCACAUAGCUUACCAGAUGCAGAGGGAAAUACCUGGGUGCCUCUCCUCUGGCCCACGCAGGACAGGGCAAAGCCUCCUUUGGGGCUCAGGCAUUGAUCCUUCACACUUGCAAGGGACUUGAAUUGAUGCUUUCUUGCUCCCUACUCUUUUAGCAGUGGCAAAUUUAGUCUGUGACACCCCACCAGUACCACAGUUGGCUUCCUGGGGCUGAAAAGAUCCAGGAGGGUAAUUUGUUUUUUUUAAGUCUCACAUUGGUUAAACUUGGAAAUGUGUGCAAAAUAAAUAUGUAGUAAUUUUCCUAUCACUUUAGUUGGGAAGGGAAAAUUGCCUUAUUGAACUCAGGAUCCAGAAACAUUUGCUGGCUCAGUUGUUAUGUUUGCGUGUAGCCACACGUAUUGGUUGUGUGCGUCUGUACCUGCCAGAGUGUCACCUGUAACCCAGUAGUUAAUUUGGUUUUCCUGUGCCAGGUGGUAAGAGAGGAAGACCGUGAUAGAGUGAGCUGUGCUGGGACAAUGGAGGUGGAGGGUAAAAAUGACCGUGUCUUAAGUACAUCAUCCUGCAGUGAUGGCUGUAAAUGUUCGUUGUAUUGUAAACGUUUCUCUGUGCAACCUGGUGAAAAUGUAUAAGGAUUUGAGGUUCUGUUCACUUGCUGCUCCUUAUCUGAAUGUAUUUCCAUCUGCUAUGGCCUCUGCAGGGCUCUCUGCCCUGGGCAGCACCUGGCUACAAACCACCUGGACAACUGUCUGGGGCCAGCCAGAAACGCCCGCCACCGAUCAGCGCAGCCCCUGCCCCUCCGCCAGCCCUUCAGCCCCGCCCUGGUUUAUGGCAAUGGCACACUCAGGGCUCCGUCCUUCCAGCGCUGUCAGCUUCACCCUCCUUUAAAGUGAGGCUGGGGGGACCAAGCGUCUCAUUGGUAUGGGUGGAGCUCUGCCACGCGUCACAUCGAUUCCCAGAUUUUUAAAGCCAGAAGGGACCGUUGUGUUCCUCUCUCCUGACCUCCCGGAUGACACACCCCAUCAAACCCCACCCCGCCGUGGUGACUCACGGCUGAACCAGAACCCCUCUGGUAGGGAGAAACGCAGCCGUGAUUUAAAGGCUCCGAGUGACAGACAGACCUCGGGAUGUUUGUCACAGGGGUUAAUUCCCCUCCCAUGCUUCACUUUCACAUCAUUAAAUCUGGUUCUAGCUUUGCGAUAGAGGAAAGAAGCCUCUCCUGCUCCUGCCCCCUUGUGUUCCCUGGAGGGGAGAGGUGCUGGAGAAGUGAAAUUCUCCAAGGGCACGUCAGAAAACCUGAGUCCAAGCCCCUGCUUUGACCAUGAGUGCUGGGUGUGGGGACUCAUGUCCUCCCCCAGCUGUGGCUGUGUCCUCCACUGCAGCUUCGCUGGAGAAUGUCUCUCCUGCCCUUGGAGAAUGCUUGCCAAAGCCUCUUGCAACCUUCUCCCAUUUUUCCCACUACCUAUAAUGUUUCUUGCAUGUUAAUGACUUCUCUCUGUGUCAGAACUGUAACUGGUCACCAGACUCUUUUUAUGAAGUGUACUGGGAUGAGACCAGCCCACUCCAACAGGCUCACUCUUCUCCAAAAGCAAAAGGUGGCGGCUGUUGCAUUCCCUGGGCCGGCCAGGGUCCACGCAAGCUCUUUCUUUUAUGUUCCCUUUUUGUAUUUCACCAAAAAGGGAUAUUUGCAAUAUCCGGUCAUGUUGUUACUCAGUGUAUAAUUUAGAUGUCUUUGUUAAAAAAAAAAAAAGAAAAUAAAUUAAAAUUUAGUAGAAAGACAA